UCCACCUAUUCAACGCGCGUGAGGAAAGCUUCUGUGCUCGUGCUGCAGGGAGGUAGCAGAGAGAGCAAUGGUGGAGGUGCGGGUAGAGGUCAGCGGCCAGGGAGCCUUCAUGCCGGGCGAGAAACUCGUGGCCUCAGUUACCUUCACGAACGAAGCGGCGGUCGCGGCCACCGUGGCUUGGGCCGGCGCGCAGAUUCACUGUCAGCUGGUGUGUCGGGAAGACGUAGUGAGGACGGAUUCCCUAGUCGUACCAGUCUCACCCGCCGCCUCCACCGAUACCUCCUUCGUCCCCAACAGAGGGGAGAGAGGAUCUACCAUCUUGUCGACGCCUACCACCGUCCUCGUGUGCAAUCUCAGUCUCCAGCCAGGGGAGACUAAGACCGUUUCCUACUCGGAGCAUGUACCGGAAGGUGGACCUCCAUCUUUCAAAGGCCGGCUCGUGAAGUACAUGUACAAGCUGGCAGUGGGUGCCCAGAGGCCAGGCUGCCCCGCCCAGAUUUCCCGGAUCCCGUUCCACGUCAGAACCAUCCCCGAGCACAUCUCGAGGCAAUGCAGAGCCACAGAGACGAGGUCAGAGAACCCAUUCCUGACCCCUGAGGUCAGCGAAGACUCCGCCCACGACCUCGCUCUCCAGGCCCUCGCCAUGGAAACCUCUCGACGAACCUCGAUGAACUACACGCUCAAGAACCCCAGUGGGGUGAUAGGGAGACUCUCUUUCUUCAAACCUUCUUUCAAAGUCGGAGAAGACGUGACUGGAGCUCUGGACCUCUGUCUGGCCACCACCUCUUGUCUUCAGAUAUCGGCCGAGUUGCAGAGUCUGGAGGAAGUGCCGCUCGAACUCCAGAUGUCCCCGUCUCCACGGCGACCGGUGUGUGCCACGCACGCCCGCUACACCGAGUGUUGUCCCAAUACUCUCAUCACUCAUUUCUCCCUCCCCGUCCCCCUCUCUGCCACACAGUCCUUCUCCACCAACUGUGUUUCUCUCAAGUGGCAGGUUCACUUCCAGUUUGUCCUGAGUCGAAACUCCGCCCACAAAUCAAGUGGCUCCUCAGCACAAGAGGAAGACUCCGGGUCGGGUGCCAUGGCAACCACUAUAGAGACCCUAAACAGUUUGUUAGUCGACACGAUGACUUGGGACUUACCCGUCACAGUCCUGCCAACCGUUUCCCAACACUCUGAUGAGCGAACUACAGCGCGCAAAAUCACAAUCUAAAACGUUCUUUUUUUUUUAAAAUUUGGAUAUCGAAAACAUCUUCACUGGUUUAUAUGACAAGUGUAUAAUAUUAUAUUUAUAAGUUGCGGUGAAAUUAAUGAACAAAACUAAUGGUGACGACAUCAUUGCACUGUAGAAAAACGAACUAGAGCGACACGAGGGUCGUCAUCUCUGUAUUUCCCUCAUUUUUGCAUUUGCUGCUCUUUCUAUUCUCCAGAGCAAAAACAAGAGUCCCCCGUGGAGUAAAUAGCGGAGUAAGAGGGUGGAGUAACCCCGGAAAAAUCCAAAGACACCCUCCGAUUCCCAUAUCACAGUCACACAAUCCGUGAAACCACGGUAGAAGGUGGUUACGAAACUAACGUCGAGUCCCGUUUGUACGUUGUCGACGAGAACGGGCAUCCCUUGACAAGUCAUGCGUGCCACAACGGUCUCCAGGGGGUACAAGACCGUCUCGGACAAAAACGAGCCAAAGUAGGCCACCCAGAGACCGUGCAUGACCACUGCGAGGGUAUCACUGGGGUCAGCUGGUCUUCGCACAAUUCGGGACACCAGUGUUUGGCAGUAGAGGAAGACGAUUUCGGUCGCGAAUCCUCUGAGAAUGAUCGGAGCAGCGAGGUACAGGUAGGGUAGACGAUGGUGGCUGUCCACUGCAAUGAGAGGUCUGUCUUUGAUUACUUCCAGGAGGCCUCCACUGUACACCUUGUGAGGGAGAUUCUGAGGAGAAGGAGGAGGAGAGGGAGGAGGAGCUUUUACCGGAGAAGAGGCUGGCCUCGGAAACUUGAUGUUGAAGGAGAGAAGAGGAUAAGUUGAGAGAUACGCCAACCUACAAAAAUAGGAAGAGAGGAGAGAGGGAGAGGGGGAUAAAGGCAGUGGAAC